AUGACGCACGAGAAGCCUCUCGCAAGCCCGAGUUCAUCGCCGCUCCAGAUGCUCAGCCGAACAUUCAAUUUUGCUAGCGAAGACGAAGCAAAAUGGUGGGCUAAUACGGCUCCAAUGUUCGCAAAAAUGUUGAUUAAAGCAAAUUACGAUGUGCACCGGCAGUACAGGUUUCUGUGUCUCCAUCGCGAGUUCGUUAUCCCUGCUCUGGGUCCCUAUCCCCAGCCAGGAAAGCCAUUGAGGUGGAAAAGCAUGCUCACUCGCUUUGGACUUCCUUUCGAGCUGAGCUACAACUAUUCGAAAUCUCUUGUUCGCUUUGCUUUUGAGCCUAUCGGAGAGCACGCAGGCGCCGAUAAUGAUCCGUUCAAUACCAAGGCAAUUGGCAAAGUUUUGCAAGGGUUCGGCACCAUCCUCCCUGGCCUUAACAUGGAAUGGUAUAAUCGAUUUGCCGAAGAAUUGACCAUCUCAGACGAUGAAGCGGAAUUGGCUCGCAACACCACUGUCCCAUUCAGAACGCAAAGCAUUAUCGCCGCGGACAUGGAUCCGAAUGGGGACAUUCUACUCAAAGCAUAUUUUUACCCCAGAAUCAAGUCGGUGGUCACCGGAAAAUCCAAGGAAAAAUUGAUUUUUGACACGGUCCGCAGAGUUGACUAUGAUGGUGAGCUCGAAGGUCCAUUAUCGGCGUUGCAGGAGUUCCUGGCUUCAAGAGGCUCAGGCGCAGGCAAUGCACCUAUAGCCCAUUUCUGCUCAUGUGAUCUCCUUCGGCCACCGGAGGCACGAAUCAAGAUAUACUGCUACGAGACUGAGCUUGACUACGAAUCCCUGGUCAGUGACUGGACGUUGGGUGGAAGACGUAAGGAACCCCAGACAGCAGCUGGACUUGAACUGCUCAGGGAGCUAUGGGACUUGCUCCGAAUCUCAGAAGGCCAUUGUGACGGCCCUUCUGGUUUCCAUGAGCUUGGUACCUCACCCGAAGAACGUCUCCCCUUUAUCGUCAACUUCUCGCUUUCUCCGGGUAAUCCUCUCCCUGUGCCCCAGAUAUACUUCCCAGUGUUUGGAUUGAACGACAAAUCCGUUGCAAAUGCUUUAGAAGCAUUUUUUCAACGUGUGGGCUGGACAAACCUGGCGGAAUCGUAUAUGCUGGAUUUGCAGGAAUACUACCCUGAUGAGAAUCUAGAAGCCACUAAACAUCUUCAAGCCUGGGUAUCAUUCUCUCUCAAAGCGGGAGAGCCUUACAUAAGCGUUUACAAGUACAGUUAUGGGGCCUUCGAGAAGCAUCCAGGAAACUGA